AUGAAACGCAUAGUCAUUCAGAACCCGGAAAAUGACGCACAUCAGGCUCAUAAUUCGAUCUCUGCACCAUCACCACCGGAAGAAUCGAGGGUAGUUGAGAGGUCAAAGCCACGGCAGAACCAAUCACUUUCACCCGAAUUGAUGGACAUUUUAGUACCUUCGCUCAAAGUCGGGGCAGUUGCCGUAGGCGCAUGCGGUAUCUUUACUGGAGCGGCGGCGGGGAUCAUUCGCUCGGCUCCGACAGUGUUCUUCUCAGUCAUCGCGGGGGGGCAAUGGUUUACACUGGGCACCACUUACUAUGGUGGUGUUGCUGGGACUCUAGGUGGCAUGCUGAGGGGGCCGAGAAACAUCAUCCCAGGGGCCGUGGUCUUCUCGUUGCUGGGGGCUGGGGGCCAAAGCAUCGCGAAUUGGCAAGGUAGAAGGGCUGCGAAGGCUGCGGAGGCGGCGAAAACCGCAGAUGCCGCGGUUACGGCUCCGAAGUCGCCUAGCGAAUUUUGGUCCCGAUGGAGUCCCAUCAAGCAGCUAUCCGACCAGGAGUAUGAGAAUAUACUCGAAGAGAAACUUCUCCGAGUCGAAGCAGAUAUUGCCCUCAUAGACGACCGCGUCAAGGAGCUCCGCGAAUCCGAACGCCGGAUGAAAGAGGGGAACUCCGACGGCGAAAGGAACUCGGCGCCCUCAAACAAAGCUUGA